AUAACAAUGGAUUGUUAUACUAAGAUGUUAAUCCUGUUCAUAAGACAUUAAUCCUACUGGUAUUACAUCAUUAACAAUAGAUUAUUUUCCGUGAUGUUAAUCCUGCUGAUAAGCCAUUAAUCUUAUUGAUGUUACAUUUUGCUAUAAAAGACCUGAAAACUACCAAAACUUCACCAUUCUAACCAACCACAACAAAACUACAACAUGCUGGCAUAUCUCUCCGCAUUCUGCUUCUUUGUUGCUGCCAUCUCAACAGGUGACGGUCUCAGCAUUGAUUCAUGUUUCUAUCAUGGAAAACCGUAUCCUCUUGGAGAACACUUCAUGGAUGGCUGUAAAUCUUGUGAAUGCACUGGAAAAGGCCAUGUAAUAUGUAUUGGAGUUGCUGACUGCCCAGAACCAAAUGUGUGUCAUCACGAAGGUAAAACAUACAAGGUAGGAGAAACCUUUCCUUCGCCCACAGGACAGUGCACAUGCACUGAUGAACGUGGGAUCAUUUGUUCCCUCAAUGAAGCUCAUGAAAGAACCGUUCCUUAUUGCUAUUACAAAGGCAAAACUUACGGAUUGGGAAAAUUCAAAGACGGUAAUUGCAACAUCUGCCAAUGUAUGAAGAAUGGUAUUGUCGCCUGCACAAUUGGGGUUUGCUAGCAUUAAGAGAGAUGUUCAAUUCUGGAGAGACCUGGAAACUUCUAGAAGAAACCAAAGAGAAAUAUUGACAUGAUUUGGAAAUGGAUAAAUUCUCAGAAAUAAAAAUUUGAAAAUA